AAAAUGGCUUUUUACCUUAAGAAUAAUUCAUUGGAUGCUCGUAGCUUUGAAAAUAUAAAGAGGAAGAAGAAUCCAAUGACUCCUUAUGAGAAUUCCAGAUAUAAAGGAAGGAAUACAGGGCUUUCCAAGAGCAACUCCCAUAGAUACAGGAAGAUGGAUGUUAAUACAUACAAAUUGUAUCACCAGCCAAUACAGAGGGCAAAGAAAUAUCUGCAGAUAAUCCAAGACCUCAGAGAGCAGUAUAGUCUUGGCAAGAAAUUCCAGUUCAGGCCCAGUUCAAAAGAGAGGCCUCAUAUUAUUAGAAGGUCUCAGCCAGAAAUGAACCUCAGGGACGACCAUAUCACAAAGAGUGCUAAAGAUUUCCCAGGCGUACUUUGUAGUACAAACGUUAACAUGGAGGUGGUCAGUCACAAAUAAGAAGCAGAAAUAAAAUUCUUCAAGCCAAGUUGGAUGUCAUUAAGCAAAUGAAGCAUAUCAAGCAGCUGAAAUUAGCCAAAAAUCCUGCAGUCCUGAGCGACUGAAGCUCGACAGAUUACGAAGAUCCAGAUCGAAAAAAGAGAGAGAAAAAGGCAAAGAUUACUAUAACUCAGAAAGUAUGAUCACUCAAGACUUCAAGGGCGUUUAACAGAAGAAAAGGUAGUCUUAAAUCUCAAUCCCGUGGGAAUGCAGCUAAGUAUUCUAAGACACCACGAAUUCAUGGGAAGAUGUACAUCAACCCUGAGCGGAGGGUGAGACUCUAUUCAAGAAGCAGAAUAUCAAGGAGGGGUUAGAUCUAAUAACU